GGAGGUUGGGGGAGACGAGUUUUGUUUUUUUAAGUGUGGGACGUGUAGGGGGAAAAGGAAGAAAAGCGGGGCGAAAAGGAAUGUCCUACGGUGGCCGCGGAGGGACGACUACUACGGUUCCCGCACUGGGACAAACGCUUCCCACGGACGGCCUAAGGCUCCCCUUCCCCAGCUGGGCCGACCCUGGUUGGGGCCCAUGUUGGCCAUGCACGGGCGGGGGCCCCUGACGGCCUCCCCCCGGCCCUAGGGCUGACCCUGUCGGUGACCUUCCUCCCUUCCUCCGAGGGCUCGGCACCAUGCGGCCUCCUCCCCCCUCGUUCUGCCGCUCAGGCCUCGAGGGACAGCAGGGGUCCCAGCUUCGCCGGCCCCCGACCCUGGCCUCCACCCCGCCGGCCCUCGGCCACAGGCCUUGGGACUGCCACCCCACCGCGGAGGAGGCCGCGCACGGCAUGUGCCUCCCUGGAAGUUCAACAGAGAGUUCACAGGCCUAGGCUCUUCACUUCUGUUCCUUGCCCAUGGAUGAUGCUUAUUAUGCACACAGUCUGUCCUCCUCUAGAACUCAGUGAGCCGUGGGGUACCCAAUGCCUGUAAUUCCCAUACCCCGGCGUGUGCGGUCUUUCCACGGCCCCCAUACCACAUGCCUGCAUUCCGCCUGUGGGCCUAUAAGAACCACUCACUUAGUGCGUACCAAGUACAACAACUUCGACAUCUAUUUGAAGUCCCGAUGGAUGUAUGGAUUUAUCCGCUUCCUGCUGUACUUCAGCUGCAGCCUGUUUACCUCCAUCCUCUGGGUGGCGCUCUCCAUCCUGUUUUGCCUUCAAUACCUUGGCAUCCGCAUCUUUCUGCGUUUCCAGUACAAGCUGUCCAUCAUUCUCCUACUGCUGGGACGAAGGCGGGUUGAUUUCAGCUUGAUGAAUGAGCUGCUCAUUUAUGGGAUUCAUGUGACUAUGCUGCUGGUGGGAGGUCUAGGCUGGUGUUUCAUGGUCUUUGUGGACAUGUAAAUAGGAGGUGUGCAUGCAGGCUUGGGCAGCUAUGACUACAUCUAAUGUAUCCACUUUCUCCUUUGGUUUAAUUUAUUUAUUUAUGACUAAUAUAUGUAUAUGCAGUAUAUAGAUAUUUUCUUUGGUAAAGGCAAUGCACCUGUCUGAAAUGACAUGACACAGGAAGAAUGUUGGAUCGUUUUUUCCUUCUGUUUGUUUCCCAUCCCAAAGACGGGGUUUUUACCAUACCAAACAAAGCAAGUAGUGCCCUGUUCAGAGGCAGUAUUUUUAUUUGCUCUCUGACCAUCUUACUAUGUUAUGGCAUGGGAAAGAAAAGGGCUGUGACAUUUGUAAAGGAGAAAUUGAAGCUCUUCCCUCCUUCGAUUUGCUUUUUGGCUUUCAGCUUCCCCUCCCCUUGCUGCUACAUUGUAUUCUUCCCCUUUCCUCUAUUUUAAUGUAGUUUAUGUUCACAUUUAAUAAAUGUAGUACCGUAGGGUCCUCUUUAUCAAGACUGCACUUUCAGGACCUUGUUGUGGCUUCCUCUUCUCCUCACCAGUUACAUGUUUUGGGGUAUUUGUCUCACCUACUGAAGGAAUGGGACAUGCCUCACAGUUUUGCUCUGUGUGCUGGCCAAGGAGCAAGCCUGGAAGCAGUUCCCUUCCCUAUGGGCCAAAUGCCCAUUCUCCCUUAGUGUUCCUAACUCCUACCCUGCCCUUAGGAAAAAGUUGGACUCCACUAUAGUAAUGCAAUGCACUGCCAUUAAGCCACUUGAUUGACCCUGGGCUUCUAGAACGAUUGCACAGGUCUAAUGCAAGUUCAUCUUAUAUUAAACAAAGAGCUAGCUACAAGUGAGAAAUGAAAUGAUGAGGUUAAAUGCUAGUCUUAAAACCUGGAGGGAAGUGAUUAAUUUUGUUUGGUUACAACCAGAUUUGGUAUUUCACAGACCUAAGCCCAAUCUGAAAGCAAACUGAAGCAAACAGUGCCAAGAUCUUCAUUCAGGGAAUCUGGUUCUAAUGCCAUAGCUCAUAAGAGAGCUGUGUUCUCUGGAGCACUGUAAGUUUCAGUGGUGCCAAAUUCAGAAGCAAAGCAAAUAUAGAGCCCUUUGUGCAUCAGUGGCCGGGUCUGUAGAGAAGGCAAUAUUACAUUAUAAAAUACUUUAAUCUAUCUAAAUUUACUUCUCUGGGAAGGCUGAUAAAUGUGGUACUUGCUUUGGAAGGCAUUUGAAUUCUUCAUUAUUUUUUUUUUCCCAGAAAUCUCCCAGAAUUUGACUUCUUUCUGAAACACCAAAGUUAUAUGAAAUCUUUGGACAAACAACACUAAAGUUAAUUAUUUAGCAUGGAAAAUAUUUUAAAAUGGUUUAUUUUUAAAAGCAUUUCCUCUGACUUUUAAGGCAUUUGAAUGAACAUUGAAUCUUUGUUUAUUAAGGGCUUGUCUGCUCUGUAUUUCCUGCCUUGGUUGCUAUGAAAACAUUUAAGACAUAAGAUGAAUUCAGGUACAUAAAGAGAUGCAGGAACAGAUGGACUACAAAGGAACAAAGAUCCUAUUUUCAUUGGAAUAUCCUUAAAUGAUAAGGAAGGAAAGUAAAAUAUACAAGAGAAUCUUUUCCUGGGCAUUUUCUGUCAUCAUUCUUUAAUAGAUAUUUUUAUACAGUGGCUGAGAUUACUAUUUGAGGGAAGCAAUUACUGGCUAUUGAGAAGAUAACUGAUAAACUAAUGUUGGUCACCCAUUCCCUGUGCCCAAAAAAAUCAUUCUCUCUGAAUCUUAUGUGUGAUGGUCGAAGUGAACAAUUGCAUUCUCAUUUGACACAAGCAUCAGCACAUAUAACCUUCUCCAGGACAAGGGCAAGAAAAAAUUGAGGGGAGCAAAGAAACCCCUUUCUAAACCUAGUUAGGACAGAUUGUAAGAAAAAAUGCAUGUCAUUUGACAAACUUAAGAAAGUUUAAAUCAGGGAAAAUUACGGUUGUAGAAAAAUUUGCUCUUUGAAUUUUUUUUGUUUGCUUCUCUGCAAAAAAAAAAAUUUUAAGGUGGUUAAAUAAACUAGUUAAGCAAAGCUAGUUUUAGAAAUUGAUUAUGUGAUAGGCAGAAAUGAUAGCUUUAAUUGCAUUGACUUCAUUUUUACUGCCUGCUAAUCCUAUUGCACUAGUUAUGCAGAUUAUUUUUUCAAAUUUUUUUCUUUUUUUAAUUCAUUAAGCCUAAAUCCACUAAAACAUUUAUGUCUUUGAAGUGGAGCUCCCUAUUGGAUGCACUGAUUGAGGGGUCUAGUACGAGUGUGCGUUUUAACAAAGUACUGAUAGCAAGAGGAAUCUUGCUAUUUAGCCUAUGAAUGUAUAAACAGCAAUGCAAGUGUUUGAAUUGUACCUUGAAUUGACUUUGGAACACACAAAAACAAAAACAGCUCAAUGUCUUGAGUGCCUGUUAAAUUCUUUAUGAAUCGUACCACCUGCAUUAAACUUAUUUUUUUAAUGUG